GAAGUUGUUUUUUUUCCUUCUCGCGAGUUCGCACCUCACUCCUCACCUGCGCUUGCAGCCAUGGCGACCGAGGAGGACACGCCGACCAUGGCGGCGGCCGAGGGGGAGGACCCCAAGCCCGCCUCCGACAACCUCCCGUCUUACCAGGAGAUGAUCCUGGGGGCGAUCGAGGCGCUGGACGACAAGAACGGGUCCAACAAGACGGCGAUCUCGCAGUACAUCGAGGAGAAGUACGAGGGGCUGCCGGCCGCGCACCCGUCGCUCCUCACGGCGCACCUCGCCCGCAUGAAGCAGACCGGCGAGCUGGUCUUCUCCAAGAACAACUACUUCCGCGGCGGCGACCCGGCCAUCCCGCCCAAGCGCGGCCGCGGCCGGCCGCCCAAGGCCAAGGACGCCACCGCCGCCGCCGCUGCGGCGACGCGGGACCCGGUCUCCUCGCCGCGCCCCCGCGGGCGCCCGCCUAAGCCCAAGGACCCCGUCGCGGAGGCGGUCGCUAAGGCCACCAGCGGCAUGCCCCGCGCGCGCGGCCGCCCGCCCAAGAAGGCCAAGGUCGACCAGGGAGCCCCGAUUGGCGCUCCGGCCGCGUCUGCCGCUGCGCCUGAGGCCGGUGCGGCGCCUGUCAAGCGUGGGCGUGGGCGCCCACCCAAGGUGAGGCCUGCUGCUGCUCCGGUCGGGGAGCCAGCCGCUGCUUGAUUAGCUCCGGUCGGUUCUCGCAGUGCUGCAAUGGUGAUGGUGGUAAGCCUUAGGUGUAAUGUAGUUGUCAGAUUAUGUUUUGUACUAAUUGGAGCGCAGCUUAGCUGCUUAUUAUUGUAAGUUAAUCUCGAUGGGAGUUUAGGUAUGCUGGAUGGAUCAUCCGUCGCUGAGAGUGAUCGAAUUCUUGUUAUUGCGUGCUGAUUAUUAUGAUUAUGAUUAUGUUUGUGUUAGUGUCCAUUGGGCAUAUUUGCUCUACUUAA